AUGAAUAAUAUGAGUGAAAAAAGUAACGAAGCUAAUCAUGUGAAAUAUUGGCAACAUCAUGGAGCCAAGACGAAUAGAAAUAUGAAAUACGCAUUGUGUGAUCGAGGUGUUGAACGAGAGUUGAAGAUUAUUAUCAUCAUAUGCUAUGCAUGUCCAUGGAAUGGAACGUACAAUGAUUAUUUAGAUCAUUUACAAGAACUACAUGCAGAUUUAGAAUGUAUCGAUUGUCAUGAACAUUUUUUUGCAAUAAACUCAUUUGAAGAACAUCGAGAAGAAGUAUGUGUUCAUCGAUCUAUACCGUGUGGAUUACCCAAUUGUAUGAAUUUGAUAAAAUGGUACGAUAUGAAAGCACAUUAUCUUACUGAUGAACAUCAACAUAAAUUAAUUAUCAUUAUUUUGGAAUACAAUAAUCCAAAACGGUAUAAAUUACAAAUUCAGAAUUAUUGUGAGUUCAUAAAAAAAGAAUUUAAUGAUAUUCAGGAAACGAUUGCCGUUACUUUCUCAGUCUAUGAAAUUUUAUUAAAUAAUUUUGCACAUUUGAAAAUCGAAGAACAAGAAAUAAAAACAAAUUUUGAAAAAAAUUUUUCAAAAAUAGAUGAAUUGAAAAAAUAUGACAAUGAAAAUGAAAAAGCUCUUAAAGAAUUAUCUGAAUCUUACAAUAGUAUUCAAAUACAAAUAGAAAGUAUUAAAAAACUUCGAGAAGAAAGUCUAAUUCAGAUAUUAGAUAAUAAUUCUACGACAACUCUUCGUUUCAAUUAUCCUAACAUAUCAUCAUUUUCAUUUCAAUCAAUAAAAUUUAGAACUUCACAAUAUGGCCAUACAUUUAGCCUUCGUGCAUGUUCAACAAUUGACUCACAACAAAAAUACUUAUCGAUCUUUCUUACUUUACAUAAUGGAGAGUACAGUAAUCUUAUUCCUUAUCCAUUUUUGUAUACUAUUUAUCUUACUUUAUGGGAUCAAUCAAAUCAACAAAAGCAUAUUGAAUAUGUCUUAAAACCUAAUCCAAACUCAACUGCAUUUAUUCGACCGACGAGCGAAAAGAACGACGAAUUUGGUAUAAUGAAGUUUUGUUCACUUGAAUAUCUUACAGAUCCAAAAAGUAUUUAUGUAAGAGAUGGAGCAUUUUUUAUUCGAGUGUUCGUCGAUUUUUUGAAUACUGGACAAAAUCCAUUUCAAUCAAAAGACAACGACGACGACGACAAUGUUGCAAUAAUGUCUACAACAAAGAUGAUGACAGAAUAG